AUGUUCUGCUGCGUAAGAGCCCAGCCUGAGCCGGGUAACACAACUCCCUGCUUCGAGGAGCCAACAGAGCCGGAGGCUGAAUAAGGGGGCACCGCUUUGCUCGCUCGCUUUCCCCAUCUCCCACCUUAAGGUGCGGAGCUCGGCGCUUUCCCAGUGCAGCACCUUGCGGGGCUGCAAUCGUCUCUCCUUUUUCCUCCCCCCAGCGACGAGCCCGGCCCCUCUGAGGGCAUCUCCCCGCCUCACCGGGAGGCGCUCCCCACACGCCUCCCACCCCCAACGGAACAAAAGGGGAGGCUGCAUGGUGGCAGCCGAGCGCCCGGCUGCGCCCGCCCCGCUCCGAGCCCCGCCACGAUGUCGGGCAGCGGUGGGGGCAGCAACACGGUGAAGAAGAGGAGCCCGGCCGGCUCGGCCUCCUCCAUGGCGCAGGAGGAGGAGAAGCAGGCGAUGGAGAAGAUGCUGGAGGCGGCUGGAGGGGCGCAGGAGAACGGCUGCGCCCGCACGCCUUCUCCCACCGCCUCUCCAGCUGAAGGUGAAGGGGUGGCUUUGCAGCGCUCCAUCACGCUGAUCAACGGCGUGGCCAUCAUCGUGGGGACCAUCAUCGGCUCCGGCAUCUUCGUCACCCCCACCGGGGUGUUGCGGGAAGCCGGUUCUCCGGGGCUGUCGCUGGUGGUGUGGGCCGUCUGCGGGGCCUUCUCCAUCGUGGGUGCCCUGUGCUACGCCGAGCUGGGCACCACCAUCACUAAAUCCGGCGGGGACUAUGCCUACAUGCUGGAGGUGUACGGCUCCCUGCCCGCCUUCCUUAAGCUCUGGAUAGAGCUGCUCAUCAUCCGACCCUCCUCGCAGUACAUCGUAGCUCUGGUUUUCGCCACCUACCUGCUGAAGCCCAUCUUCCCCACCUGCCCGGUGCCUGACGAUGCUGCCAAGCUGGUGGCCUGUCUCUGUGUCCUGCUCCUCACAGCAGUGAACUGCUACAGUGUGAAAGCUGCUACCCGUGUUCAGGAUGCCUUUGCUGCAGCCAAGCUGCUGGCGCUGGCUUUGAUCAUUGUUCUUGGCUUCGUUCAGAUUGCCAAAGGUGAUGUGACCAGCCUGACUCCUGAGCACUCCUUUGAAAACACAAAAGUGGGCGUGGGGAACAUUGUGCUGGCCUUGUACAGUGGUCUUUUUGCCUAUGGAGGAUGGAAUUACUUGAAUUUUGUUACGGAAGAGAUGAUAAAUCCCUACAGAAACCUGCCUCUGGCUAUCAUCAUCUCACUACCUGUAGUCACUUUGGUUUAUGUGCUGACAAACUUGGCUUACUUCACAACCCUGUCCACGGAGCAGAUGCUGACGUCCGAAGCCGUGGCUGUGGACUUCGGGAAUUACCACCUUGGUAUCAUGUCCUGGAUCAUACCUGUCUUUGUGGGCUUAUCGUGCUUUGGAUCUGUUAAUGGAUCCCUCUUCACCUCUUCUCGGCUGUUCUUCGUUGGAUCCCGUGAAGGACACCUACCUUCCAUUCUCUCCAUGAUUCACCCCAGGCUUCUCACUCCUGUGCCAUCCCUUGUCUUUACGUGUGUCAUGACCCUGCUCUACGCCUUCUCCAAUGACAUUUUCUCAGUCAUCAACUUCUUCAGCUUCUUCAACUGGCUGUGUGUGGCCCUGGCCAUCAUAGGCAUGAUGUGGCUGCGUUACAAGAAGCCGGAGCUGGAAAGGCCUAUCAAGGUGAACAUCUGCCUGCCCAUUUUCUUCAUCCUGGCUUGCUUGUUUCUCAUUGCUGUUUCCUUCUGGAUGACGCCAAAAGAAUGCGGGAUCGGCUUUGCCAUCAUCUUCAGCGGGAUUCCUUUUUACAUGUUUGGGGUCUGGUGGCAAAACAAGCCCAAGUGGAUUCUCCAGGGCAUCUUCCACGCAACAGCCGUGUGCCAGAAACUGAUGGAAGUGGUUCCGCAAGAAUCAUAAGCAGGAAAAGCAGAGACGUUCGGCUCGAGGAAACGCACAAUAUUAAGACGACACAAGGAGAAAAACACUUCUGAUCCCUCAUCAAUAAAACCUAAGCACUGGAGCACCCUGUCAGAACUGCUUCGUGUCUGACACGGUGCCGCCUGCUCUGCCUUGCCUCCCUCCAGCCCUCCUGCUGCCGCCUGAAGAAGUUCUUGGUACGAACGUGGGCCAGGAAGAGGAAUUCCUGCCGGCGACUUCUUGUGCAUCCAGUCAGCCUCUGUGCGUGUGUGUGUGUGAUACUGAGGGCUGUACCUCAGUUCUGUGUGGGCUCACUAAGUUGAGUGAUGAGCCUGACCCACCUGCCCUACCUGGUCAGGGGGUGGAUGAGGAGGAAGGGUUGUCUGAGGGCUUAGGGCAUGCAUAAAUCUGUGCUACUGGUGCUUUGCGUUCUGUCCAGCGAGUGCCACUGGUGGUGAUGGAUAGAGAUGAGACAAGGCAGAGCAGAACUAGUGUCAGAGCAAUGAGAGCGAGGAGGCCUCGUCUGACUUGGCUGUCUGGUCCCCAGCUGUUGUGUGGCUGUAGCUCUCAGCUCCAAACCAUCUCCUGCUGUUGAGCCAGUUUGCUGGGAUGCCCUUCUCAAAAACGCCCACCCUGAGCCCUGUGUGAUCACUCCCAGUUAGCCCAGGGAACUGCAGAUAGUCAGUUCUUUAGCCUGUUUGCUCCUUGUUUUUGUGUAGGUAUCAUCCAGCGUGGGGUGAGCCCCUCUUUGCCCUGCCCUUGCCUGCAAGGUUGAUCAAUACAUGCCCCUAAGCCAACUAUGAAGAUGAAAUAUGGGUGGGAUUCUCCUGGUAUGUUCCCUGGGUUUUACAUGGGAGAUAGGACCAACUGGGUUUGGGGGGUAGAAAGGGCCACACGCCCCAAUGGCUGGGCCUGCUUUAACCCUAGUCUGCUGUUUUGCUCAAGGAAGCCAGGACUGGAGGCUUCUUGAACAAGUGGCUCAUAUUGUGUCAAUAGUCAAUUGGAAAUGAAAUGCAUCUUUUCCUCACCAGUAAGCUGCACUUGUCUCUGUGGCAGUCUUUUUUUGUGCUUGUGCUUCAGAAAAUGGUCGGUGAUCCUUUUAUUCCUCUGCCAUAUUUUUGUAAGUUAAGCUGUUUGGAAGCUGGCAUCCUCCAAGAGCAAUUGCUACCUACUGGAUUCUCCUCUUAGCAUAGAGUCAUGUUGGAGAAGAGGCAUUAAGGACACCAAUGGUACUACUAGCUCAUACUUUGUCCUUUUAAGAAGCUCUUCAGCAAAAAAAAAAAAAAGCAUUUAUGUUAUAGCAGGUGGGCAGCUUUUGUCCCAGUGUAUGUAGCUGUGUCCUACAUGUGUCUAUGUGCAGCUCCUUGCUAUUGCUUUGCCAGCCGUGCAUCUUUGCUUUAAGGCAGGGAUAGGUGAGACAAUCAUCGUGCUGAAACCUGUGUGGUCACACUGCUUAUUCCAUGGCAAUACAGUGUAGAGAUACCCAGCCCAGUCCUGCUAUGCUUCACAUUGCAUCAAUGCCCAGCUCUGCUUGAGCUGAGUUAACCUAUGGAGAACUGCAGCUGGUUGGGGUAUGUCUGCAGUGCAGAAGUACCCAAAGUUCUGGCCAGUGCAUGGCUGUUCAGGGACCUACGUGCAAUGAAUUGGAGCAUCUCAGAGCCAGUGCCCAUGGGGAGACUUUUGCAUAGAUAAGGUCACGAGCUAUAUAAAUCCUGCACUCAGUUUUCCUCUUUACGAAGAGUCCUCUUCCAGCUGAAGGCUGAGGUGUUUUUGCAGGGUAGCAAUGGGAACUCGCUCCUUAUGGGCCUGUUUCAUGGAGAAAAACCUGUCUCUCCCUCUCCCCUUUGGUCUUGGCAAUUUUUGGCUGCAGUGGUCUAAGGACUGGUUUCCUGCAUGGCCUGGAUUGAACUUAGGGACUCUCAGUGCUAAUGAUAUAAACCAGCAGAAUCAAGUCAAGUACUGAUUUACAUCAGAUUUAACUUGCAUUAUAAGACCAAUCCACAGAGAGCUCAGAAAUGGGUCCAAGUCUCCCAAACGUCUGGGGAUCGCUUGGUUUGGGCAUAUCUCUUAAUGAGUUUCAUCAGUGAUGAAGACCAUCAAUAAACGAUAUCCUCUUGGUGACCCUUUCACACUGGUUUUACAGAGGAGAUGUCACACUGAGAUUUAUUUUUUUAUUAACUGAUCUUAAUUAAAACCUUAACUCCGCUCGCUUGCUUUUUAAGAAUGUUGAUUAUUUUCUACUUGCUGCUAAGGAUCUUUCUGUUGUGCUACUAACCUGCUGCCUCUGGCACUGACGUCACACAUAUGGUGACCUCGUUUCCACAGCAAUAGAGGUAUAGGGAGAAACCCAACCAAGCACCAGCACAAAUUCACACAGCUUUUGUAUUGGACCAGCUCACAUCUCAGCCUGAUUUCUGAUAUCCCUGAUUGAUGGAGGCUGCUCGUUCCCCACUGCUAGAUCUCGGUGGCAGGGCUGGUAGAGAAGGCUUUUUACACUAGAGAUUAUAGAGGUGAUAAAUAAGGAGAUAAGACCAAAUUUCAUAUCAGAGGAAAUGUGACUAAAGCUGUUUCUCCAAGGGGUGAAAGCUGUAAUCGUGUCUCUGUGUGCAUUACUGUGCAGUGACUGUUGCACUAAGCUGAGCCCCAACCUUCACUGCUCUUCAUGCAGCUUGGUUGUGAAUCUUUGGAGUCCCAGCACUGUGGAUGUUAUGGAACAGCAUCCCAUGGGAUUCAGAGGAGGCUGCAGCCCAUGGCUUUGCUUCAGGUUCCUCUUCCUGAGCAUGAGCCCACUCUGGUAAACACACCAUUGUGUUUCAGCAGCCCCAUCUGUGCACAGCUGAGUUCAAAGGGGCUCCGGUGCUUGCAUAAACUUUCAAGACCCGUUAGGUGGAAGCUGGUGUGGAGUGGCUUUGUUCUGUGUGCUGUGCUGUGCUGCCGGCCCUACAGGAAGGUUUCCUUUCUCUGCUGCUGCCUGUGCCUUCAGCCAUAGCCACAGUGCUCUCAGGCUUUAAUAACAAUCCAAAAGGAAGCAAACAGCUGCGUGCUGUCCUUACGCAACAUGCCGGCUGGCUGGGUGGGACAGCAGCUUGUGCACAGCCCUGUUCCCAAAGACAUCCAAAGGGAAGGCGCAAGGCAGCCAAACCCUGGUGGGGUUUUUCCUUUGGAAGCUGCUGAAGCCACACUGCAGCUGAGGAAGGGCAGCCUGGGGGCUGUGUUGGAGGUCAGCACCUCCCCAGAGCCCUGCAUUACAGCCCCACAUCUAUCCAUGGCGUGGAUGGGAGGUGGUCCUGUGAUGGUUGAGCCCUGAGCUCUGCCAAGGGGCUGCUUGCUUCACAAGGGGCCGCAGCCUCACUCUGGCUUCACCCAUACAUGGGAAGUUUCUUCCCAGUUUACACAAUCCAAACUGGAACUGGCAGUGGGGUGAGGGCUGCACAGUGCUCAGGGUCUGCCAUAGACCCUGCCAUGCACAGCUCUCCCCCCAGCCGUGGUGGUUGGUGAUGUCCCUUGCGUUAGGUCAUCUCUUAGGAAUCAAUGUCCAGAGGAUUUUCUUUGCUUCGAGCUGGUUGCAUUAGAAGGGGGGAUGCUUCCCCCAACUGCUGAGCGUCAAUGAGAAAAGGAAAAAAAUUUAAAAAAAAAAAUUAAAAAAAAAAAGGAAAAUAUUUUUUUAAAAUACUGAAUGAAUUCUGAAGUGGCCUGAAAGAGACUUUAUAGAUAUAAAACACCGCAACUAUUCCCAUUGGUGACUCCCAUCUCAGUGCAGGCUUAUGGUUGCCAAGUGCUCUAAUGCACAGGGAUGGUUUUCACACCCCCAAGAGAUGUCCCCAUGUGUUCAGGGGUCAGAGUUGGGCCCGUGUCCCCCCCAUAGCCCUGCAAAUAGGGAUUGUGAUGGGACACGGACCCUGUGCUGACCCAUGGGACAAUGGUGAGAGUCACUGCUGGAGAGUGAGCUGACUUUCCAGAGCAACCUUUUCUUCUGAACUUCAUAUUUUUGUCCUUUUCUUUUAAGCAGGAAAGAAUUCUCUCUUAUUUUCUCCAGCAAAUUUACACCUCUUUGACCUUUUUGUUGCAUUUGGUUGCUUUGCAAAAGAAAAGAAAAGAAAAACAAAACCUACUAAUUUAAAUGUUGCUGUAGAUGGCGUUCUAUUUAUUUUUAAGGGGUAAAUAUCUUUUAAGUCUUAAAACUUCUACAGUGGAUGCUAUUUACAGUGUCUGUGUCCCAUUGGCACAGCAGUUCAGUGGCUGGCCGAGCUGCUCCACCAAUGGGAACACCGUCAAACUGCCUUGUAAAACAAAAUGUCUCCCACCACCAUGUAUUUUUUCUAGUAUUUCUUGAUUCUUUUUAUGUCUGUGGUUAACAAAACCUGUUCCGUGUUCGGGUUGGUUUAUGUUUCGGUUUAUCUGGUUGUUGUUUUAUUAUUUUUUUUUGUUUGUUUUGUCGGUUGUUUUUUAACAAAGAAAGCUGAAUUACAACUCUCCCAUUGCUGGU